AAAGUAUGGAAUGCGAUGUGAUGAGGUCAGUAUUGCAUUACGUGGACAGCAUUAUACAAUACCGAUACUAAGAUAUACUCAAAGAAGUAUAUAAGAAGCCUUUUGGAACAUAUUAUCUGGGCACUUGGAUUUUAACGAUUUUGACAUAUUUUAUGACAGAAGUCUACGUUUGGGGAACGCACGGUGUCAGAAUUACACUAUUGGCGGCAGUGAUGAAAUGCAGACAUUACCGUUAACUAAUUCAUGAGAGACGAAGUGGUUCGCGUGAGUAAAGCAGAGCAUUGAUAAAUCUGAGUAACACAUUUUUUAUAUAAAAAAAGUUUAACGAUUCUACUGUGCAAUACAUUUGGAGUUUAUCAUUAUUCUAUCAGAACAAAAUAUAAUGCUGUCUCUAUGAUUCAUAAACAUGUGUAACUAAUUUGUUUGAGGAAACAACCAUGAAGGCAACUAUGCAGGAGAAAAAAAAGCCUUUUUGACACGUUCCUGAAGUUGGAUUGGUGAUUGAAUACGGAAGGCAUUUGUACCGAAACGCCAGAUCUGCGACUGCACAAUAUAGUGGUAUGAGACAAAUGCUCCCUAGGUGUCUGUUCCAGGAUUGUUUGGUGACAUGUCGAGUAAGGCCACUUGCUCUCUAUGCCACUUUCGUCAACUCAGAGUGAUCACAGGAAUUGUUUAAUCUGUGGUAGUUUAUUCGACUAAUACGUUGCAAAUUAAGACUUGUUAGAAACAGGAAAGCAAUCUUGGAAUACAAUGAGAUGCGGCUGCGUGCGAUUGUCCGAUUUGACAAGAAGUUCUUGGUCAGUUGAAUGGUGUCUUGUAGCGGUUCUGUUUUCUUCAAUUUUAUAUUGUCCUGUCGUUCAAGCAACACAAAUUGAUAUAGCCAUCGUUUUUAUUGAUACGGAGGCCGAAUUUACGAUUAGCAAUGUACAGACACUGGCGGAGGCAACCAAAAAUGUAUUUUCUGACAAUAAAUUGAUCAGCUCUACAAUAGUUACACACCUUUUUGAGUACACUGAUGAACUCGAAGUUAUGAAUAACGCAGAACAAAUAUUUUCAAAUGCGGCUUAUGAUGUCAUAAUUGACUUUACUUAUGACAGAAUAAGUUCUCUUAUGUAUAUGUACGCUGAAAUAUACCAGAAACCUUUAAUAUUUGCAAAUAAUUUCUUCAGUAGAGCCUGCGACCCUUACGUGGUAUCAAUGUUUGGAAGUUACGCGACACUCGCGGACGGAUUAAUGGAAUAUCUGAGACAGUUUCAAUGGGGAAAUUUAGCAUUUGUGUCCACUAGUAGUCCACAAUGGCGACAUAUGGUGUCUGGGAUUCAAUCCCGGCUACUUAAACAGGAACACACCGUCAAACAUUCAGUCGAACUAAACGAUCUCAAUAAUAGUACCGAAGUCCUCGACCAGCUACAGACGAUCAGCAGCGUGGCUAAAGGUGUAGUUCUUGCAAUGGACCCGGAGGACGCUUUCAAAGUUUUACAAUCUGCUCAACAGUGGACGGAUCUGACACAACAUAGCUUUUUUCUACUGGUUCGGAAUCCUUACUCCAAUAUGUCGGACAUUUCAGAAAUUCUAACACGAGACUUAAACAUAUCAGACGCUCUUGGAGCUACAUUCUUGCUUUUCCCCACGGUGCCAAAUGUUAUUUUCACUACCGGAAGUGGUGCUACAAUUGUUCCACAUGUUCAGACAAACGCAUUCGCAGCAUUAGAAGAUGCGUAUGUCACAAUAUUUCAGGGAUUCUCCUCUCUAUACAACAAAACUAUUACAAAUAUCAAUGGAUUGACCUUGUCGUCGGAAAUGAAAAUUGUCAACUCUGACAUUUCAGGACGAUCUGUGCAAUUUGAUGCUGGAUCAUGUGCAAGAUACCUCGAGUUUGCUUUAUACGACUUCCAUAUUUCGACAGCGGAAUUCUCCGUGGCACGUCACAUAUGGCAAGGCUGCGACAGUACAUGGUGCUUAAAAGUGUUCUCGACAAUACAAUGGCCGAAAGGCGUUGUGUUACCUGCCGACGAGUGCUUCAAACAAUCGAACUGUGUCCAUAUAGAAACAGGAGUCAACAUCAUGCUUGCAGUGGCGAUCCCUCUGACUUUAGCGACACUUGGAGGUGUUGUAGCCAUCGUUUUGUUUCUUCUGUGGAGGCGGAAAACCAAGCGAUUGAUGACAAAGGGACCCAAUAAGGUACUGCUAGAACCGGAUGAUCUGACGUUUCUACACAGAAAGGAUAUCAAAACGUCAAAGCUAACUAAUGGCGGGUUCCUAGAUCCACCGGACCUACUUAAGGCUUCAGAGAAGUCCAGCCGAUCGUUGAUCAGCCUACACGAGUGGACAGAGUUUUCUGAGAUUGCCCGAUACAAGGGGGAUAUAGUGUACAUAAAGGAAUUGAAAUAUAAAGGAUUGGAGAUGAAGGGAAAGAUCCUGGCGUACACAAGAACGCUUCGGGACAUCCGGCAUGAAAAUGUGAACCCUCUGUACGGAUUUCUAAACGACCCCAUCCGACCGGCUCUUGUUUCUGAGCAUUGCAAUAGGGGCAGUUUGAAGGAUGUCCUAAACAACGAGAACAUUAAACUGGACUGGGACUUCAAAGCGUCCUUACUGACAGAUUUGGUUAGGGGGUUACGUUUUAUACAUUCGACUCCAAUCCACUAUCACGGUAGCCUGAAAUCUCGGAACUGUGUGGUAGACAGUCGCUGGGUACUCAAGCUAACUGACUUCGGAAUGAUUGGAUUCAGGGAGAGAGCUAAGCUCAAUAUAGCAGUAGAAGCCGGAGAUCUUCUGUGGACUGCCCCUGAACAUGUCAGGGACACUUACCCCGCCUCUAAAGGAUCAGAAAAGGGGGACAUGUACGGAAUGGCAAUGAUCAUGCAGGAAGUCAUUCUACGAAAGCGACCGUUUGGAAUGGUGGACCUGACAGAAGAGGAGAUCAUAGAGAAGAUACGAAAACCUCCUCCCCUACUUAGGCCGUCUGUAUCCCCUCAAGCAGCACAGCCCCAAUAUAUUCAGCUUAUGAAGCAAUGCUGGGCGGAGAACCCCGAUAUGCGACCAUCAAUAGAGGAUGUUUAUCAACAGUUCAAAUCAAUCGCCGGUGGCAAGAAGAUGAAUAUAGUGGACUCGAUGUUCCGCAUGUUGGAGAAAUACUCAAAUGACCUUGAGGACAUCGUCAAGGAGAGGACGGUCCAAUUGGAAGAAGAGAAAAAGAAGACAGAUGUCCUCUUAAAUAGGAUGCUGCCGGCCGUGGUUGCAGAAAGCUUGAAGAGUGGACAGAAAAUAAACGCUGAGGAGUUUGAAGAAGUGACAAUAUAUUUCAGUGACGUCGUUGGUUUCACUACUAUCUCGGCUAUGAGUACCCCUAUGCAAGUUGUUGACCUUUUAAAUGACCUCUAUACAGCUUUUGAUGCCUGUAUAGAUAAUUAUGAUGUGUAUAAGGUCGAGACGAUAGGGGAUGCCUACAUGGUAGUGAGUGGUCUGCCAGUGAAGAACGAGAACCGACACGCAGGGGAAAUCGGCACCAUGGCUCUCGAUCUCCUCAGCAUUUGUGGGACUUUCAAAAUACGCCAUAUGCCGGAAGUGCCUUUGAGACUGAGAAUCGGUCUACAUACAGGUUCGUGUGUUGCUGGAGUAGUUGGCCUUACCAUGCCUCGGUACUGCCUAUUUGGGGACACUGUUAACACUGCCUCUCGGAUGGAGUCGACAGGGAGCGCUUUCCGAGUACACAUCAGCCUGCCGACAAAGAGCGUACUUGAUGACCUUGGAGGUUAUCAACUAGAAUAUCGUGGAGAGGUGGAACUGAAGGGCAAAGGUCUAGCAAAGACGUAUUGGCUUGUUGGUAAAGAUGGAUUUUCUAAACCACUUCCGGAGCCACCACCAUUAAACGAUGAAAGCAAUCACGGCCUAGCAUCUGUAAUGAAAGCACAGACGCUACAAAAUGCGCAGACUCCAAGCGAAAAAAUAGAGAGCAGCAUACCCAAAGAGCCCUCACAAACAACAUCGAAAGCAGAAACGAAUAACAUAACUGUUAGUGAACUGCAAUGCGCAUGCUGUGACCAGCCGAAGUCCUCUCCGAAACGCGAUUCACAGGCCUAUGACAGCAAUGAUAACCCGAAAGGUAAAGGUGGGCCGGUCAAGGCCAACAAGAUACAGGUAAACUGUGAUAUAUGUUUAACUGGACACAAUCAAAACAAUUCAACAUCUAAAGAUGGAAUCCCGCCUGUAGCGAAAGUAUGACGUCAUGGAAUGACGUAGUGCAUAAUUAACUCUGAAAGGUGAUAUAUUGAAAGAAUAUCUCUGCACAUUAUUUUGCAUCAUUAUGCAAAAUAUACACUUUUUAUAUUUUAAUUAAACUUUAUGUUAAUAGGUUAAUUUGAAUAUUUCUUAUGAAUGCUUUUGUUACAAGAGUAAACAUUUUAGUACAUACACAUCUACAGGAAUGACUGGUUACACAGUUAGAUACAUAGAGAAUACAUGGUCAGUGUCUUAAAAUAUAAGCUGUAUUUUGGCGAGGGUAAAGAAAGACAAA